AUGAAACGCAUCAAUGAAACAGUCGCAACGUACUUUCGUUAUGCCAUGUUAUCACACAGGUGGGAAGGGAAGGAGCCACUGCUGCAGGAUAUCCAGGAUAAGGUCUUGUACGAGCUGAAUCCCGUUGGCAGCAUGGUAAAGUUGCAAUCGUUCUGCAAAAUUGCUUGCCGUGCAGGGUACCGCUGGGCGUGGAGCAAUACGUGUUGCAUCAACAAGAGCAAUAGUGUGGAGCAUCAAGAAGCAAUCAACUCCAUGUUUGAUUUGUAUCAACACUCGGCGCUCACGAUCAUCUACCUGUCGGAUGUCCCAUUCUUGUCGAAGUUCGGCGCAUUGGCAAAUAGUGAUUGGAACACACGCGGAUGGACAGCUCAAGAACUCCUUGCUUCUCAAGUCAUUCUCUUUUAUCAGAAGGAUUGGACUUUAUAUCUCGACGAUAGCUCUCCCAAUCACAAGGAGUCUGUCGCGAUCAUGCAGGAGUUGGAGUAUGGGACAGGCAUAGAUCGACAAGCCAUUGUUGCCUUCCGUCCCGGGAUGAAAUGCGUUAGAGAGAUAUUCCAGUGGGCAUCCACACGUGUCACAACAUUGCCGGAAGACAUCGCUUACUCUUUAUUCGGCGUCUUCGGCGUCCGCCUACGUGUGGAUUACGGUGAGAAGAAGCAGUGCGCGCUUGGGCGGCUUCUGCGGAAGGUCAUAGCUCAGUUGAAUGAUGGACUGGCGUGGCUGGCUAUGUGCCUCCGAACAGUGACCUGGUGGAAUGGAUGA